UUUGAAUAACCUCCUUCUUACCACCAGGACAGCACGAGUAACACAUUCUGCGCUACCACAUCUUGAUGGCAAUCCGCACCUUGGAAGAGAACCUUUACAUAUUCCAAUUAUGAGAGCCUCCCCAGGGUCACACUCUCUGCUCUCACUGAGACCGGCAAAGCAGAAUCAACUAUUCCAGUGCCGAUGCAACGCUCCUACACAGGUAUAAUGCCUGUCAUACGAUCCGCUCUCGCUGACACUCCCUGCGCCGACCUCGGUAUGAAUGGAGUCUUGAAGGAGCUCAAUACAAAACUCGGCACGUCAUAUACUAUCAACCACUCUAUUUUGUCAUCCGUUCUUGAAUCCUUCAUCAGACAAGAUUACGACUUUGGCACUCUCUAUGCUAAUUUGCGUCCAUAUUGGCAUGACUUGACCACUGUCAAAUGCCUCCACCAAGCAUGGAAUCAGGAUCAGGAAAUGCGACAAAAUCGGAUCAUGAAUAAAAGAAUCCCAGAUGGAAAUAUUCCGCCUCGGCGUGUUUUGUCAACAUGAAUCUGUCUCCCCCGUGUACACGUGAUUGAUAUCAACUUUCAGUUUCUUGAGUAUCGUGAGCGCUUACAGGCCCAAUCAACAUCAUCCGACAUGGGGGUUAUCCUCAACUCAGUUGCCCCAGCGAAGCUCAAAGGUUAACCCUGAAUAUUGACUGUAUGUU